UGACACCAUCGUGAGCACGAAUUCAUGAGGCGAAACUUCUUCUUAUAGCACUUACUGUCUUCACUUAUUCUUAACAAGCUGUUUAUCGUUAGUGGCUUUGGAGAUGGAGUUCUAUGGUAUGAGUGGUGAACGGUUGGGGACAAUUGGCCAAACAAAGCCUCCUUCUCCCUCUCCUGCUACCACGGCCGUUUUGCCUCAAUGGAAAAAGGACUUUCUACAAAAGCCGUCGAUAUCGGUCCGCAAAGGGAUUGCUUGGGGCUACAGUCCGCCAUAUGAAGACACGUCAACUCUGGUGCUGACCUCUCAUAAAGGCGAUUUCGUCGACAUUCGCUUCCCUGUUACACCUGAACCUGGUCGUCCCCUGACGUCAAACCCUUCAUUCUGGGCAUUUUCCGGUCAAUCGCAUACAACAUUUGACGAGGAGGCGCAUGGGGUGACCAUGCCAUACUCGGCACACGCCGUUUUUAAUCACGUUAUCGAUUCAAAAGGACCAGGGAUCAGUGACGAGGGAGACAUGUUUCUUCUCCCCAAUGGCGAUUGCAUCGAGGUCGGCAUGAUGCAGAAUCCUAGUACGGGAAAAGAACAGCUCUACAAAGAGUAUUGGACCGGGCCACCGGCUGAAUCUGGGAAUGAUGAUGGCCCUCGUGUUAGGCGGUCACCGUGCGUGGUUGCUAAAACCGUAGCGUCGACUCCAGAGGUGGGUGUGGUACGAAACGGGCGCGGAGCUGUCAUUCGCAUCGGGGAUUAUUGUCAGGGGAUCCUGCAGAGGGACGACGUCAAUGGUCAGCUCUUGACCUUGGUUGAGAGAUGGUCAAACGCCCCCGACGGGUCCAAUGCCGCCGUGCGGCAUGCCGAGUCGACAGUCAACGAGGUGAGUGGCGCGCGGUGGAUCAAAGACUGGCGAAGCAAUACAGUCGCCGAUAUGCAACAUGACUCCGCGAUUCCUUCAAUUUGGAUAUGUGGUGAUGGUCAUAAGGUUGGUGAUGAAAUUGUGGUCGAUGGGGUCACGUGGAGAGUCGUCGAGGUCGAAAAUUGAGAAGGGCAAGGAGCCAGCAAGACAUGGUCUUGUACAGGGGACUACCGAGUACAUUUCGGAUGGUUGGUGUCGUUGAACUUGGUCUGCAAGGUUUCUAAAACGGCAACAGCAUCGAUCGAAGUGCUUGGUAAUAGCUUGACGGACAAACCGAGGCACAGCUGAUAAGGCUGGCUCGGUCAAGAUGAAUCCACAACCAUAUUGAGGCUGCCUGUAUCUGAUACGACAUGUGCAAGUCCGUGGGCACCGGGGCAGAUCGGACUCGAUGGAUGUGCCAGGGGAUGUUGAUAUCCCUAUCAACACGUGAUACAAGAUCCGGCAUGCUGGAACAAUUGUAUCCAGGAGCGGGGCAAGGAUUCAUUCCACGCACAAACAGUGACCAGGGUAGGAAGAGCCGGCGAGGAAGACAAUGACAUGACUUUCUCUACACAGGAGGAACUUGCGCGUGUGAAGGUAUGAUAGGGCAUACCCAAAGCGAAGAUGAGGGGUCGCGGGAGCGUGGGAUGAGCAUGUCGUGGAACCGGAUUCCCAAAUUCCGAGACAAAAGCCGUGGCCCCCAGAACCCGGCGAUAUUACAACAGGAUGAUAUUGAUGCCAUGGGUGCCUUGUGGGACUGUUACAAGACUGAGCCGUUGGGACUCUGGGAUUAUGGUUUUGGAAGAGCAAACACGAUGAUUGGCGAAUCGUCCUCUUGAAGGGGAUCGACACUCGAGACGCUCUGGCGGGAUCAGCAGAUUAUCGCCGGCUUCCAGAAGACAGGCAAAUAAGACAGGCACAUACGCAUAUGGAGAC